AUGGCUUCCUACCCGCCCCUGCCUGAGCGCGAAAUCAAGAACACCGUUGUUCUGUUCGACGUCGAUGGCACGCUCACCCCAGCCCGUCUCUCCGCCUCCCCCGAGAUCCUCAACCUCCUCGCCCGCCUGCGCCAAAAAGUAGCCAUCGGCUUCGUCGGCGGCUCCGACCUCGCCAAGCAGCAAGAGCAGCUAGGCACACCCGAAAUCAACGUGACGACGCUCUUCGACUUCUGCUUCGCCGAGAACGGCCUCACAGCCUACCGGCUGGGCGAGCAGCUGCCGUCCAACAGCUUCAUCAAGUGGAUCGGCGAGGAGCAGUACAAGGAGCUGGUCCGGUUCGUGCUGCACUACGUGGCCGACCUGGAUCUACCCGUCAAGCGCGGCACGUUUGUCGAGUUCCGCAAUGGCAUGAUCAACAUCUCGCCCAUUGGCAGGAACGCGAGCACGCAGGAGCGGAAUGAUUAUGAGAAGUAUGACAAGGAGCAUGGGAUUCGCAAGGCGUUUGUUGAGAAGCUGCGCGAGCGCUUUGGGCAUCUGGGGUUGACCUUCUCCAUCGGCGGCCAAAUCUCCUUCGACGUCUUCCCGACCGGCUGGGACAAGACUUACUGCCUGCAGCACAUCGAGAACGAGGCCAAGCGGCCCGGCGGCGAGGCCGUGCAGUACACGACCAUCCACUUCUUCGGCGACAAGACGUUCGAGGGCGGCAACGACUACGAGAUCUUCAGCGACAGCCGCACCAUCGGGCACACUGUUACCGGCCCGCAGGACACGAUCGCGGAGCUCAAGAAGUUGUUUGAUCUCUGA